UCUGUUGAAUGGUGAGCACUGGUCACAGUGUCUCUUGUAUAUAAAGAGAAGUUUGUCCAGAAAGAAAUCAGUUUGACUUGUGGAUACCGGGCUCUCAACAAGUAUUUUUUAAAGUUAUUUGGUCGUGGGGUAUUGGAGUUUGUGGAAAUUAUUUGUAGAAAAAUCAUCUACAAUUUUAUCUCUUACAACUUUCCUCUUGACUUUGUGCACGUGCUAAAAGAAAAAUGAGAAAUUUCAUAGAAGUGAAAUUUUUCAUAACCGUGGGAAUUUUCCUCCUUGGACUAAUCAAUGGAUCAUUUGGAAAUUUACCCUCAACAAUCAAGACGUGCUCAAGGAAUCUUCCACGACCCGAAGAAUGCAUUAUUGAUGCUGUUGAGAGAAUUCGACCUGAUUUAUCAGCAGGAAAUCUUGGUGAAAAUUUCAAGACUCCACCAUUGGAGCCCAUGACGAUUGAAAAUAUCGAAAUGCACCGUGGUCAGGAAUUUAGGGCUACCUUUACCAAUCUUUUAGUCAGUGGUCCUAGUCAAUUUGUCGUGGAGAAACUCAAAGCUGAUAUCAAUAAUCUCGCCUUUGAUUUCAACAUUUUCCUGCCUCAGUUGAACUUCACUGGAAAAUAUGCCCUGAAAAUCCGAAUUCUUCUACUGGACAUUGGUGGCAAGGGAAAUGUUCGCGGAACACUAUCACGCACAAGAGCCUCAGUGAAAUUGCGGGGGAAUAAAGUAAUGGAAGAUGGUGUUGAACGUGUACGAUUCAAUCGAUUGCAGGCCAAGAUCAAGAUUGAAGAUCAGAAAAUUUUCCUCGAUAAUCUCUUCAAUGGAGAUCCAGUGUUGGGACAAGUGGGAAAUCAAGUGAUAAAUGACAAUUCCAAGCUAUUCCUCAGUGAAAUUAUUCCUGGUUUGGAGAAGAGUUUGUCAAAGACAUUCCUCGAUAUUGCUAACAAUAUUCUCAAGAAUUCCACAUUUGACGAAAUGUUCCCAGAUACAUAAAUCUACCAAUAAUCUCUCGUCCCACUCAAAUAGCAGCAAAAAUAACAAUAAAAAAAUCACAGUAAAAUACUGUGCAAAGUUCGUUGAAGAUGGGGAAGAAAAAGAUCAAAUUGCAAUUGAACAAUUUUGCUAUUUAUAAUUUUACUUGCAACAAGUAAAACAAUUAUACUGACAAUACUUUUUUUUAUGAAAAAAAAAAUUUCCUGAUGUCGAUAGCAUACCUCUCUAUAAGAUUAAAAUUGUCGAUUAUUGCUGCACAUCUCAUGAAGAGCAACAGAGACGAUUUAUCACAAUUACGUGAUGCACAAAUUGUCAUAAUUUUGUUCUUUGUCAUACAACGCAAGAAAGUGGAGAGAAAUAAAAAUUCCCCGUGUUGUGAUAAAUAUAAAACAUAGAGUAUUAAAACAUUUAUUUUUAUUACUAUAGGUGCAGACAGGUUUUUUUUUUCUUAAAAAAAAAGAAGGUUUACCAAGAACUUUAUAUAAGACAACUUAAGACAAGUCUCACAGCUUCCCAGACAUCACAAUUUAUCAGAAGAAUUGUAUGACCUUGACUCAAUAGUUAAUAAGUAUAAGGUGAUUUAAAAAGAAAACAAAAUAAAUAGGGAUUGUUUAUAACUAUGUAAUAAUCAGGAAUAAAACUGACAAAAUAUUCCAGUGA